AUGUCGUCCAAAUCUAGCGCUGAAGAACAUGGUAAAUGGAGAGAUCAUUCUGAAUGCAAGUGUGCUAAAAGUGACAAGAAAGCCUAUAACAUCUGUUUGAUUGAAGUAUCGAUCAGCAACUUUUUUACUCGAGUUUUGGCAGACUUGGCUACAUUAACUCUAGGUGAUCCUCUAGUUCAUUUAGCAGUUCAAUGUGAAUAUCGUUGUUCGAGAUGUGAUCAGACCGAAUAUUACACAUUUGAGUUUUCCAAAGUGGGUAAAGAAGCGCGUUGUGGUGCAUAUGACCGCGCCUACACUGUGGAGAGCUGCAAGCAUGAAAUGUCACUUAAGAAGCUGGAACAAAUAUGGUCCGACACGUGGCCAAAUACGACAGGCGACGACUAUGAUACGUUGGAGCGUAAUUGUCUCAGUAAUUCGAUCGUUGUUGACAACGAAACGAAAUAUCUUCGAUUGAUUCAAAUCACAAUUUCAAUGGAACACAUCAAACGUUUCUUUAGUUUAUUUAUCAUUGUUAUUCAUUUAAUCCAUAUUAAUCAAUCAUUAGGAAACGCAACAAAGCAAGAAACGAGACUGAAACGAAUUCGUCGAAUCAUUCGAGGUCAUCUGGCGAAACCAGGACAACUACCCUAUCAAGUUUCGAUUAAUAAUAACGGCGAUCAUUUCUGUGGUGGAGCUCUUAUUCAUGAAAAGUGGGUACUGAGUGCAGCUCAUUGUUUGAAAUAUUUUACAUCGAUCCAAAACUUUUAUGCCGUUAUGGGUGCUAUCUAUUUGGAUCAAACGGAUACGGAGCAUGUGCAAAUCUCACGUAUCGCUGCUCACUUUCCAUUUCCACGCUAUGAUCCAUGGGGUGAUCCAAGUAAUGGUAAUAUCACGCGGAAUGAUCAUGAUCUAGUCCUACUAAAACUGCAGACUCGUGCUCGAUUCUCCACUCGCGUCAGACCUAUUCGAUUGCCUAAUCGAACCAACAAUCAAAUUUCUUCCGAGCAAAUGCAUCAAUGUAUCGUUUCAGGAUUCGGUACGAUCAAAGAUACUCGUCAAAGUCAUAUACUCAAAUAUUUAACAGUACCGAUUGUUGAACGAGAACAAUGUGCGCGAGGUCAUCGACCAAAACGUAUUAAAGACUUUCACAUCUGUGCUGGCUAUUGGCAUGGUGGUAGUGAUGCAUGCAACGGAGAUUCAGGAGGUCCACUGGCUUGUUAUAUCAACGAUAAACCUGUACUAAUAGGUAUUGUUUCAUGGGGAGUCGAAUGUGCUCGUCACGGUACGUAUGGUGUUUAUACUCGAGUAUCACGUUAUAUUCGUUGGAUAAAUCAAACAAUUGAACGUAACAGUUGA